ACGGGCCUUAAAAUUAUUGCUAUUCGACGAGUGAUUGCGUAGUUACGCGGAGUUUCAAGAGUGAUCAGACUGUAAGGCUAAAAUACGCGGAAAUCGCUUUCAAAGGCUCAAAAAUUCAACAGCACACGCGUAGCGAGAGGAGGUCAUUUUCUAUUGUAUUUAUUUUCCGUACAGACAUGUACAUUUCAUAUAAACUCAUAAAAUUUACAGUGAUUCGCAAGAACGUAUAACCAUGCACGCCCGAGGAAUAGCUUGCAAAACCUGUGUAUAAGUUAAACUACUACAUGUACAUGAAUCUGCUGCUUCAAAAUUACGAGAAGUCGAUUGGUCAACUUAGAUUUUCAUUUUUAUAUUCUAUGUAGGCGACUCGGUACCAAAAUAGUGGCAAUCACGAUGAAUCCAAAGCCGGGAAAAUUAAUGGAGAACGUCACCCUGAGUUUCAGGCACCUGAAGGUUCCAGACGGCAAGAGAGUCUGUGUGUUUUGGACUGGCUUCGGGGAAAGAAGCCCUGACGGAUGGUCCAGGGAAGGAUGUCAUGCUGUGAAAUCGAGAAGCAAUGUAGAAGAAACGGAAUGCAGUUGCAACCAUUUGACUCACUUUGCUGUUUUAUUUGACCAUAGCGAUGCCAACAGUGGGCUCACAAAGACGGAUGAGAAGAUAUUGAGGAUUCUUACUUACGUGGGGUUAGCUCUCUCCAUAACAGGAGUAACUAUGACUAUAAUAGCAUAUGCGCUUCUCACCGAUGUGCAUCAGCCUCUAUCCCAAAUCAGAAUGAGUCUGGCUGCAUCCCUCGGAACUGGACAGAUACUAUUUCUUUCCGGAAUUGGAGCCACAGAAAACAUGGGUGCUUGUGUUACAGUAGCCGCUCUUCUGCAGUACUUUCUGAUGGCAGCUUUCUGUUGGAUGCUCGUCGAGGGAAUCUACCUUUACUUGCUGGUUGUAAAGGUUUACAACAUCGAAAACAACAUGCGCAUGUAUCACGUGAUGUCGUGGGGUUUUCCCGCUGUCAUUGUCGCCAUAUCGUUGAGCAUUGCUGCAGGAAAAGAUGGAAUCCAUAGUUUUGUCGAUGAUGAUUACUGCUGGAUGUCUUCGCAUAAUAGUGUGAUUUGGAUGUUUGUCGCAAUCGUGUUGGGGAUUGAAACCCUCAACUUGUUGAUAUUAGUUCGGGUCGUAAAGGAAAUCACCACAAUGCAGCCAACAGCAGGAGAUAAUAANGACGGAUGGUCCAGGGAAGGAUGUCAUACAGUGAAAUCGACGAGCAAUGCAGAAGAAACGGAAUGCAGCUGUAAUCACAUGACUCAUUUCGCUGUUUUAUUCGACUAUAGCGAUGCCAACAGUGGGCUCACAAAGACGGAUGAGAAGAUAUUGAGGAUUCUUACUUACGUGGGAUCAGCUCUGUCCAUAACGGGAGUAACUCUGACGAUAAUAUCAUACGUACUUGUCACUGAUGUGCAUCAGCCUUUACCUCAAAUCAGAAUGAGCCUGGCCGGAUCCCUCGGAGCUGGACAGAUAAUAUUUCUUGCCGGAAUUGGAGCCACAGAAAACACGAGUGCUUGUGUUACAGUAGCCGCUCUUCUGCAAUACUUUCUGAUGGCAGCUUUCUGUUGGAUGCUCGUUGAGGGAUUCCACCUUUACUUGCUUGUUGUAAAGGUUUACAACAUCGAAAACAAGAUACGCAUCUAUCACGUGAUGUCAUGGGGUCUUCCCGCUGUCAUUGUCCCCGUGUCUCUGAGUAUUGCUUCGGGAAAAGAUGGAAUUCACAGUUUCGUGGAUAAUAAAUACUGCUGGAUUUCUUCGAAUAACAAUCUGAUUUGGAUAUUUGUCACAGUCGUGAUGGUGAUUGAAAUCUUCAACUUGUUGAUACUAGUGCGUGUCAUAAAGGAAAUGAACACAAUGCAGCCCACAGCGGGAGAGAGGCAUAAUCAUCAGAUAAGACUUAGCGUCAGAGCGUGCCUGGUGAUGAGUCCUUUGCUUGGGAUCACGUGGUUGUUUGGUCUUCUGACGCCAUUGCACAAAGCUUUCAUCUACAUUUUUNAAAAACAACCAGCAAAGUUCAACUUGUUGAUAUUAGUUCGGGUCGUAAAGGAAAUCACCACAAUGCAGCCAACAGCAGGAGAUAAUAAUAUUCACCAGAUACGACUUGGCAUCAAAGCAUGCUUGGUAAUUAGUCCUUUGCUUGGGAUCACGUGGUUGUUUGGUCUUCUGACGACAUUACACAAAGCUUUCAUCUACAUUUUUACUAUCCUCAACUCUACUCAGGGGCUCUUGAUUUUUCUCCUACACUGUGCAAGAAACAACCAGUUUAGAAGAGAGCGGUUUAAAAGAAAGCUAAGUGUGAUUUUUCCAGCUGUUAACGAUCCAGGCCCUGCGAGGGCAACUUCAAAGGUCAAUCCAAGUGUUGUCGGCACGGCGGAAAUGAUUGAAUUGCGGUCAUGUAGCGGCGUUUUUGAGCUGAAGGAGCAGUGAUGAAGAGGAAACUUUCAGCUACUCUAGUAUAAUCAUAUGACUAAUGAGCUUAGUUUGUUCUUGGAACUGAUUAUGAACGAGUUUUCCUGUUAUCUAAAUGACAAAUAACUAAGUUUUACAUCCUAAAUAGCGCAGCAGUAAAGAACAAGUUGUGUUAAAAUAUAUUUAUUUUUUUUUUGCUACCGAGUGCUGAAGCUAGCUUUUAUUUUGUUCUUGGGAAUUAGACAAGAUUUCGUUUGGAUUCUAUCUCUGUUAGUUAGUUUCAAUGGGCGUCAGUUUUAUAUCUGAUAGCUAGUGUUCCUCGAGUUUAAUACGAAUAGUAGUGCCGGAAACGUUCUUUAUGAAUGUUUAACUAGUCUAGCAUUCUACAUAAUGUUCGAACAUUCAAAUGUUGUUUUUAAUAGUGCUCAGUGCGCUAGGGUAGACCUAGUUUUUGACCGGCAUGCCACUUAACUGAAGGAGUUAAACUAGGGUCUAUACCAAGAAACAAAUUUCAGCUCUUCGCGAAAAAUUAAAAAAAAACAAACAAAAAACAAUUUUUUUUUCUUUCUUUUGUCUUAUUAGACGGCUGCUAGUCUGAUAGGUAAUAGAUUACGAUGAAGACUUUGAUAAUUAUAGGGUUUAACUAUGUUCAAAGCUUAAUUACUGGACGGUUCAGCCAUUUGCAAAGGUAAACCCGCUUAGUUUAGCUGUAACUCGUUUGCACGAUGCAAAUAAGGUCAAUGUUGCCUUUCGUGGUUUUUACAUUAAAGUCUGUAUACGAGUCAAGUGGCCCAUCAGGACGGAACGUAUCCCGUUUUCUGUCACAUAAGGCGACUUGAAGUAUUUGUACACCUCAAGAUGGUCUUUCAAAACUGUGCCAGGGCAAGGUAUGCCCUCUGCCAGGAGCCCACGCCUCUACCUAAUGGCGCCAUUCAUUACAGAAUACUAGUCACUUCAUAGUGGAUUACUUCCUACUCCCCCGGCGGCCGGCUGGUUAUAACUGUUCUAGUGUUACAGCUGUUCUAGUGUUAAACGUAACUUGCAUUAUGCAUUUCCAAAAUAGAUUGUAAAUAUUGAUAUCACUU